GUCACAUCUAGAGAAACCAAAUUUGAAAGUUUGUUUGUUUUUUUUUUUUUUUUUCCUCUGUUUUCUUUUCCACUCCCCUCCCCUGGUGUGACACUACUAUGGUCCGAAAGCCAGUUGUGGCCACCAUCUCGAAAGGAGGUUACCUGCAGGGCAAUGUGAGCGGGAGGCUGCCCUCCAUGGGGGACCAAGAGGCACCUGGGCAGGAGAAAGUGGUUCUGAAAAAGAAGAUCACUUUGCUGAGGGGUGUCUCCAUCAUCAUCGGCACCGUCAUCGGAUCAGGCAUCUUCAUCUCCCCCAAGGGCAUACUCCAGAACACAGGCAGUGUGGGCAUGUCCCUGGUGUUCUGGUCUGCCUGUGGAGUACUGUCACUUUUUGGAGCCUUGUCCUAUGCCGAAUUGGGUACGAGCAUAAAGAAAUCUGGUGGUCAUUACACAUACAUUCUGGAGGUCUUUGGUCCUUUGCUAGCUUUUGUACGAGUCUGGGUGGAACUGCUCAUAAUACGCCCUGGAGCUACUGCUGUGAUAUCUCUGGCAUUUGGAAGAUACAUUCUGGAACCAUUUUUUAUUCAAUGUGAAAUUCCUGAACUUGCAAUCAAGCUAGUAACAGCUGUGGGCAUCACUGUGGUGAUGGUCCUGAAUAGCAUGAGUGUCAGCUGGAGUGCCCGGAUCCAGAUUUUCCUAACCUUCUGCAAGCUCACAGCAAUUCUGAUAAUUAUAGUCCCUGGAGUUAUACAGCUAAUUAAAGGGCAAACACAGCACUUUGAAGAUGCAUUUUCAGGAAGAGAUGCAAAUCUAAUGGGAUUGCCCCUGGCUUUUUAUUAUGGGAUGUAUGCAUAUGCUGGUUGGUUUUACCUCAACUUUAUUACUGAAGAAGUAGAAAAUCCUGAAAAAAACAUCCCCCUUGCAAUCUGCAUUUCUAUGGCCAUCAUCACAGUUGGCUAUGUGCUAACAAAUGUGGCCUAUUUUACGACCAUCAGUGCUGAGGAGUUGUUGCUAUCCAAUGCUGUGGCGGUGACCUUCUCCGAGCGGCUGCUGGGAAAUUUCUCAUUAGCAGUCCCGAUCUUUGUUGCCCUCUCCUGCUUCGGCUCCAUGAACGGUGGCGUGUUCGCUGUCUCCAGGUUAUUCUAUGUUGCCUCCCGUGAAGGGCAUCUUCCGGAAAUCCUCUCCAUGAUUCAUGUCCACAAGCACACUCCUCUGCCAGCUGUUAUUGUUUUGCAUCCUUUGACGAUGAUAAUGCUCUUCUCCGGAGACCUCUACAGUCUUCUGAAUUUCCUCAGUUUUGCCAGGUGGCUUUUUAUGGGGCUGGCAGUUGCUGGGUUGAUUUAUCUUCGAUACAAACGCCCAGAUAUGCAUCGUCCUUUCAAGGUGCCUCUUUUCAUCCCAGCAUUAUUUUCCUUCACCUGCCUCUUCAUGGUUGUCCUCUCCCUUUACUCGGACCCAUUUAGCACCGGGAUCGGCUUCCUUAUCACACUGACUGGAGUCCCUGCAUAUUAUCUCUUCAUUAUAUGGGACAAGAAACCCAAGUGGUUCAGGCAAUUAUCAGACAGAAUAACCAGAACAUUACAGAUAAUACUAGAAGUUGUGCCAGAAGACUCUAAAGAAUUAUGAACACCAUGCAUCAAAAUCUUGGCCAUCUGCCCAGGACUGAGAUACAAAAUGGAUCUUUAUUUCAAGAAAUCACAACUUUGGUGAUGGACUAAAAGAACCGGUCAUUUCUAUUAAUUUCUUCUAGUGUAUUCAAACUAAUUUCUGAGCAGUUUACUGAUAAUUCAAUGUAUUUACAGAAAGCUAAUAUGCAGAUCAUACAGUGAGGCAAGUCUGGUGUUUACCCGUUGAGGUAAAAGAAAAAG